AUGGAGGCCGGAGCCGCUGGUGUGCUCUACGCAGCCGAGAAUCUACUCGAGGGUGCCGUCGCCCUCGUAAAGGGUAUCACUCAUCCAACACUGCCCAUCAAGGCAAAUCUUACGCGUAUAUCUUCGGUUCCCCUCGCUCGCUCGCACCACACCGUCUCAGUAGUCAAAGGUCGCGCAUACAUCUUUGGAGGAGAGACCGAGGCUGGCAAGCUCGGAGACAAUGACAUGCAUAUUGUCAUUCUACCGUCGAGCGGCGUUCUCGACGCCGACUACACCAAGUAUCCCGCUCGCGCGACAAACGGUCUGGACGACGUGCCGAACUCGAGAAAAGGACAUACGGCUACGGUGAUAGGAGAUAGCAUCUACGUGUUUGGCGGCGAGGGAGAGAGUGUGGCAAACGAGAAGGGGCGGGUUUGGGUUUAUGAUACAGUAUCGAACACAUGGUCUUACCUUGAUCCAGCGGAAGGCACGCUCUAUCCCAGCCAGCGAGCUGGUCAUGCUUCGGCGAGCUCAGAUCUGCCAGGCCCGAAGACAACGACAUAUGUCGAGAAGGCACCACAAGCACCUGCUGACCCCGCAAAGAAUGUUCCUGAGCCGCCGGAAGCUAAUUCAUACGGGACCAUCUUCGUAGUCGGAGGUCGUGAUACUUCGAGCAAUGACCUUGCAAAUGAUGCGCUUGCAUUUGACGUCAAGACGAGGACAUGGACCAAUAUACCUUCUCCAACAGGUCAGCCCCGAGAAGGCGCAGGCUUAGCACUCAUUGGCAGUCGCCUAUAUCGAUUUGGUGGCAAGGGCAUCGAGACGUUUGCCUCAGGUGCGACUGAGUACGUGGACGCAUCACAUGUAUGGACGCAUGCAGAACGCGGAACUACACCGGUCGCGAGUGGCUGGAGCUGGGAAGAAGUGAAGCACACGGACAGCCAAGGUAGUACUGCUACAGCACCACAGGCGCGGGCAGACGCAGGACUUGUAGGCGUCACGACAGGCCAAGGGCGACACUACCUGCUAGCUGUUGGCGGAGAAACCGAGGAUGGUAGCUACCUUGACGAUAUAUGGGCAUUGCAGCUUGCACCUGAGCGUUACACGGCCGCAGCAACCAAGGACACUAUCCGCUCCGGUAUGAAGAGGGACACGCAUGAGUCGCAGUGGGCUGAGGUAGUAUACCGGUACGUAGACACAAAGGGCGAAGAAGAGAAGGAGAUACCAGGAAAACCAAAGAGGGGUCUCGGAGCAAGAGGACAUUUCGGUAUUGCCAAGGGUACAGAGGUUGAUGGAGCGACAUGUGUAGUGUGGGGUGGUGUUGACACGAACGGUAGUGUACUAGGCGAUGGUUGGAUGAUUACUGUUGACAGGUGA